AUGUAUGGUCAUCAUGGAUACCCAAUGCAUGCACAUCAACAACAAAUGGUUAAUCCAACUUUAGCCAUAGUGGAUAAUAAAAUGCAUACUCUAUCAACUUUUCUUAAUUAUAUUAGAGCUUAUAGAGAUCCACUAAGAAUAAGUAAAGAUUUAAAAGAAACAUUUCAUUUAUUCCCAAAUUUAUCACCGUUUUAUGAAAAUAUACCAAAUAGAGUUAAUUUAAUAUGUAUAAAAGGUACAAUUCCAAUUUGUUUUAAAGGUAUUAAUUAUUAUUUACCAAUUAUAGUUUGGGUACCAUUAAACUAUCCACAAGAAUUCCCAACAAUGGUUUUAGAUCCAACACCAGAGAUGAGGAUUGUAAAAAAUCAUCACCAUGUAAAUUUACAGGGAUUAGUUUAUCAUCCAUAUAUAUCAAGUUGGAGUUCCAAUUCAACGAUGGAGACAAGAGUAUCACAACAACAACAACCACAACCACCACAAAAUAAUAUAUCACCACCACCUUAUGGUUCAUCACCAACCAAUAAUAAUGUGGCAGCACAACAACAACAACCACCACCACCAUAUGGUUCAUCACCAAGUACUUCAAAUUCCUCAUCAUAUACACAACCACCACCAUCGUACGAUUCAAUUAAAAAUAAAACUAAUAAUACAUCAUCUUUACCCCCACCAAAACAACCACAAACAUCACCACCCCCACCACCAACUCAACAACAACAACAACAACAAAAUAAUAAUAUAAUACCACCACCACAACAACCAUCACCACCACCAGCAUAUACAGAACCAACAGCAGCAAAACAGCAACAACAACAAACAUCACCAUCAGUUAAACCAUUACCACCUUUACCACCACAACCAGUUAUUGAUAAAAAAAGUGAAAUGGUUGAUCAAUGUACAAUUAAAUUGCAAGAAUUAUUAUCGAAAUUUUAUGACACUACAUCAUUAGAGAUUAAGGAUUUCGAAGCUCAUAACAAAUCAUUGGAAGAGUUAUCAAAGAAAAAAUUACUUGAGAAGGAGGAGUUAUCGAAUCAAUUGGCAACUUACAAUAGUCAAAUCGAUCAAUUGAAUGAAAACAUUGAACAAUUGGAGAAAUGGAUAAACGAAAAUGAUAAAUCAGAUUCAAAUAUUGAUAUCGAUCAAAUAUUGGGUCCUAAAGAUUCACUCUCAAAACAAUUGUUAAAAUUGGUCUCUGAUGAUUCAACCAUCGAAGAUUUACUCUACUACUUAGAUAAAGCAUUACAUUCAAAUAGAAUAUCUUUGGAAGAAUACCUUAAAAAUGUUAGAUCACUAAGUAGAGAUCAAUUCAUUAUUAGAGCAACAGUUAAAAAAGUUCAAUUUAUAAUUAGACAAAAUCAACAACAACUACAACAACAACAACAACAACAAAAUUCACCACAACGUCAACAAUACAAUCAACAACAAUAUUUUUCUAAAUAA